CUAUCUGAUCAUACCACCCAAACUGAGAACGCGGCCAAAACAGUCAUCCGUUACAACAAGAUAAGAAAAUAAAAAAAUAAAGCCAUGUGGGGGAAAGAAAUGGACAUGUUUUUGGCUAACUUCACCCUUUCCAGUUAGUCUCCGCCCCUCCUGUCGGUGUGUAGUUGGCUAAAAACUUGCAUAGGAGUCGACUUUUCGUCCGCUUUUCCAUUACAUUUUAACACAAUCCCGUCACCUGAAGCCUGAAUCUUUAAGAGCAGUAGCUGUUCACCCUCAACGCACAGGAACACCGAGUGUCAGCAUUUUAGCUCAUUCUGUUGAAAACAACAUGGCUAAGAGUGAACCAGAUGAAAUGAUAGAGAUUGCAAUUGAUACAAGGGAUAAACAGGAGGAAAUUGUUGAGGAGCAAACCAUCACUGCAGCAGAUCUGAUUCAACAAGAUAUUGAUAUCAAUGAGCCAAUUGGAAAUCUGAAGAAGCUUUUGGAGCCUCGCAUUCAAAUCUCAUUGGACGACUUUGACAUCUGUUUGCAAGACAUACAGCUUCACCCUGAUCACAGUCUCUUUGAUCAGGGAGUGAAGACGGACGGCACGGUGCAGCUCAGUCUGCAGAUCAUAAGUAGACCAGGUGAGGAGAAGCUGAACAUUUUGGAAAUUGUGAAGCCGGUAGAAACAGUCGAGGUGGUGAUUGAUCCUGAUGCAGCGGGGGAGGAAAGCGCUCUGGUGGAUGAAGGACAGCUGAUUGCCGUGGAGCGAUCUGGCUUAUCGGAUGAGACCUCGGAGCAGGUUACACGCUGGGCCGCGGCACUAGAAGGCUACCGCAAAGAGCAGGUCCGCCUGGGAAUACCAUAUGACCCUGUGCUCUGGUCAGCUGAUCAGGUGAUCCACUGGGCUGUGUGGGUAAUGAAGGAGUUUAACAUCGAUGAGAUGGAAAUAGGUAGUCUUCACAUCCCGGGUCAAGAUCUCUGUUCUUUCAGCCAGGACGAUUUCCUUCUGAAAGUUCCCAAUGGAGAGAUCCUCUGGAGUCACCUGGAACUCCUGCGCAAAUAUGUGUUAGCCAGUCAGGACCAGUCUGGCCAGGAUGCCACGGUCACUAUUGAUCAACCUGUGCAGAUAAUUCCAGCCCAUGUCAGCACACCCACCACCAUAAAGGUGUUGAAGCAAAACCGUGGCCCCAGAGCACCCCGAAUUUCAGGAGAAGAGCGUAGUUCACCUGGAAACCGCACAGGCAACAACGGUCAGAUCCAGCUGUGGCAGUUCCUUCUGGAGCUACUGACAGACAAAGAUGCGAGGGACUGCAUCUCGUGGGUGGGUGAAGAGGGGGAGUUCAAACUCAACCAGCCUGAACUUGUGGCUCAGAAAUGGGGUCAACGCAAGAACAAACCCACAAUGAACUAUGAGAAACUCAGCAGAGCCCUCAGGUAUUAUUACGACGGGGACAUGAUUAGCAAGGUGCAGGGCAAACGCUUCGUCUACAAGUUUGUUUGCGACUUGAGGACUCUGAUCGGCUACAGCGCCGCUGAGCUGAACAGCCUGGUGACGGAGUGUGAACAGAAGAAACUGGGUCGCAUGCGUGUGCACGGCAUCCCUCAGCCCGUCACUACAGUGACUCUGGCCGCGACAACGCUAGACAAGGACAGCUGAAGCCGGCCAACCAAAAGAGAACUGUUCUUUCCAGCACCGCUGUGUUCAUUCAAGCAUGAACGUUUGAGGCUGAUCGGUGCCGAUUAGCAACGUGGUCAUUGUCUUUACAGUUUCUGUUAUUUUCUGCUUUUUUCAAAACCAAAACUCUAACCAAGAGAAAAGGCCUUUUCAGGAUGAAGGAGAAUGCGUGCCGUCACUGAGAAGUGCCAUUGUUGUGCACGUCUGAAUGUGAGAAUGUGAAUCCCACUAUGAGUUUUGUGUCGUGUUCCUCGUCUGUAGUUCAGCAUCGUUCCCGCUGUAUAUACCGGUACUCCACAUUUUGAUAGCCACAAGGGCAAGUGUAUUUUCAUAUUCUCCAUUUAUGGAGGAUCUGUUUUGUAUUUUAUUUAGUGUUUGUUCCCUAAGUUGUUGGACCCUUUUGUCCAAUAGGGGGAAUAAAGUGGCAAGCAUUUUUCUUAA